AUGUCGUGUCAAUCACUGACUGUUGAACAGCUAACGAUAGUCAACUCUCAACUCUCGUUACCCGAGUGGAGUGGUUUGAAAGAGCUCUCAAUCCAGAACACUCCUUCAAUUCCUCCGGAUUUUUGGACGGCACUUAACUAUUUAGAGCUGCUUGACUUGAGCAAUAACAGUCUUAACGAUGAUCAGUGGUUGAACUCACAUAUCGUAUUCCCGUCUGUGAAGAAACUUAUUCUUGAACACAACGACUUUACGCGUGCUGAUCGUAGACUACUCAUGCCGUUUCCAAGAAUAGAAGAACUCCAUCUUGGUUAUAACAGAAUCUCGUUCAUCGGAUAUGAUUCACUUAGAAUGCCUGAGUUACGUUACAUCCGCCUUAAUGAUAACAAUAUCCAGACUCUGGGUAUGCAUGCGUUCCGUUACAUCCCGCUGUUGCAAGAACUUGAUUUGAGCGGUAAUAAUCUUGAAAGAUUCAUGAUGAGUGAUUUUGCCACUGCAACAUCAUUACGGUAUUUGAAUGUUAGCCGAAAUCGUAUACGUAGUGUCGAAUGUGAUUCAAUUACACCAAUGCUUGCCCUUGAAGUGCUCGAUCUUAGUUCUAAUAAUCUCACUCAUCUUCCUGGAAUUGAAUUACAAAGUAUGGAAGGCUUGAGAACAUUACUGCUUAGUCGAAAUCCUAUCAAAUCUAUUGGUGAAGAUCAAGUAAAACUGAGCAGUCUUCAGAUGCUGGACCUGUCGUCAAGUGAAGUUCAUGUUGUGGAAGCCGGUGCGUUCUCACGCCUUCCAAGUCUUCAUUCAGUGACGUUGGCUAACUGUCAUGAUCUUCGCUACAUCUCACCGGCUGCCUUUGAAAAUAUUACUGUCUUCAGCUUGGAUAUUUCUGGAACUGGAGUGAAGACUCUUUCACCUUCUCUACUAUCAACCAUUGCUAGGAUUCGUAUCGCUGAUGUUCCUUUGGAUUGUGGUUGCUUAAGUGAACAGUUGAAUGCAAUUACAACUACAACUAUAACUGAUUGGGAUAAUUCUACUUGUUUAACAAGAGAAGGACAACUGAUGAGCAUUCACAGUCUCUCACCUACGAAAUUGCCAAGCACCGAAGGAUGUCGGCCAAAUGUGAUUCUUCCAUUUGGUCAUGAAGUAGUAGCAAAUGUUGGAGAAACAUUUAAAAUAUACUGUGCUGGUACGUAUGAUGAUGACAUAGUCAAAUGGAAAACUCCUUCUGGUAUAACAGAGAAUGCAAUUCGACCCGAGUUUUCAUCCGGUUUUGAACGCCUUGAUUACUUUACAACUACUUUGUUCGAGCCGAUGAAGCGUCAAAGGCUACGAAAAAGGACAUUAGCAACAACAGAGUACUUCAGGAUUGAUGUCGUACUAAGGUCGGAUCGUGGUGAUUACGAGUGUAGAAUUCAACGAGGAACGUAUACAAUUACAAAGAAGAUUCGUCUUAUUGUUAAGAUUCCAGACAUACAAUUAAAUGUUACUCACGUGUACACAAUUUGUCUACGUUGGUCGUUGACUGAUGAUGGCACUGAGAUCUAUAGCGUUUGCCUUUCUGAACGAACUCGCCAAAGUCGAUCAAUUGCUGAAGAUUUGGGUAUUGAAGGUAUCAUCGUUAUAUGAACCGAAGAAAUUCUCGUUCUUCACAUGACCGAAAAUGAAGCGAUUUCAACGAAUUGA